CGUGCUGGUACAUUGAGCACUGAGAACUCUAACAGAGCAUACUCACGCACAGUGACGGCACCUUGCUUAUGAAGUGUAUCGGGCAUACUUUUCUGCUCGUACUGGUUUUGUUUUGGCAUACAAAUGUCGUGACUUCGGUAUGACGUGCCAUGCGCGUGGUUAGACGUAUACAUACCAUUGCACGUGUCUGCAUCUUGUAAUAUUGUUCUGGAGUAUAUGGAACAUUUCUAAGUGCGUGUUGUCGCCAAGACAUACGAAGACACGUGUUAUGACCUUACGUAUUCCACAUUGACCUUCCUGAUGGCGGUAUUCACGGAAACGUCCUUACACGUGUCGAGGCUUUGCUAAUGACGUGAACAGUUUGAUGUUAAUUAACACGUCUGUGGUUAACAAUGGCCGAUAACGUGGGUAUGGUCGGACUUCCUUAUAUUCUGUAUACGACAUAUGAAUGUGAUGAUUUAAUAGCACGGAAUUAGUACCUCAUUCAAUGACCGUCGAGUAUAGCAUACGUCACAACGACGGAAUUCUGAGCUUUAGAACAUAACAGAUGCUUUGCGUGUUACGAGAGUCGACUAGCAUUGAAGAAGCAGACGAUCAAUUUGGGAAAACGUUGGAAAGCCUGUAACUCUGCCAAGUGUACGACUGCUUUACAGCAUAGUGAAACAAUAGAAAUAUACGAUAUCUGUAUGCAUGGAUGUGUAGUAGUACAACAGUGUGAACUGAUAAGAUUGGGUCUACACUGCUAAUAAAUCAAGCAUUAUAUAGAAUAUACACGUGAAAAAUCUACAUGGAUUCUAGCUUUACUUUUGCGUCAGAUGAGAGGACAGAAGUGUAAUUUCAUGAAGGGGCAACAAAUGUGGAUCUUUAAAAAUGAUGUUAAAUUGUGUAUUCUAAAGCACGGAGAGUGUAGAGAAAUUUCAAAACUAAAUUAAAAUGGAGGUGAUAGAAAAAUGGCGAUAAAUAAUGCAACAGCAGAAAACUCAGGAAAGUUUUCUGCUUCGUCCACUUCUUGGUCAAGUGACGUAACUCAGAUUUUGGAUCCCGCAAAAUUAUACGAUACCACACAAACUUCGUUGACGACGUUUAUCGGAGCAAUUCUGCAAAGCACUGCGUCAUCUAAUCUCGCCCCAUUUAGCAUAUCCUCUCAGGUCGAUCCGCUGUCGACUACAAGUGAGCAGGUCACGACAACCUCGCUUUCAAACUUUAUUACCGUUGACGUCACAGAUGUUGGAAAUUGGACCAAUCAAACGACAGUAACCGAACCCUUGCACACACUUCCGGAAAUCGUUGCACUUUCAAUCCUUAUUGUAACACUUGCUCCUGCGACGAUUAUCGGUAACCUGUUAGUGAUAAUCGCCUUUAAAGUAGACAAACAGUUACAGACGAUAAGUAACUACUUCCUAUUGAACCUUGCAGUAGCUGACAUGGCUAUAGGGUUUGUGUCCAUGCCGUUGUAUACAGUGUAUACCUUGAUGGGGUACUGGCCGCUUGGAUCUCUCUAUUGCGACCUCUGGCUCUCCAUAGAUUAUACCAUGAGUAACGCUUCUGCGGCGAACCUCAUGCUUAUCAGCUUCGAUCGGUAUCUGUCGGUGACGAGGCCGCUUACGUAUCGGGCAAAAAGGACAACAAAGAAGGUGCUUAUUAUGAUAGGAAUGUCAUGGGUGGUCUCUGCGUUGCUAUGGACGCCAUGGAUAUUCGCCUGGCCAUAUCUCGAAGGUAAAAGAACUGUACCGGAAACAGAUUGUUAUAUACAGUUUCUAUACACAAAUGCUUACGUCACAAUCGGAACCCAUCUGAUCGCGUUUUAUAUCCCAGUGACUAUAAUGACUGUGUUAUAUUUUAAAAUUUACAAAGAAACGCGGAAAAGACAGAAACGGAUGCCGAUGUUGCAAGGGAUGAAAGAAAUGAUAAAAAAGAAGAAAGCGUCAAAUAUCAACGAUUACGAUUUCUACGCGCGUCGUUACGACAAUGACUACGAUGAUGUUUACGACCUUGCCGACAUGUUGGUCGAACCCGAUAAAUCUAUCUGGUCAAGGUGCUCGUGCUGCAAGAUCGAUCGUGACUACGACGCGGAUGAGUCAAGCGCGAGCGACCCCGCCUCUCCGACCGCCAAUAACAGUUCAUUUUCGGAUGCACACUCGUCGUCAGUUCGAUCUCAGAUUUACACCACUGAUCAAAAUAGAACGACAAAUAAACAAAUGAAUGGACGAACAUCAAGUGGGAAAAGGAAAAGCAACAACACGAGUAAUUUGGUAAUUCCGCUUAUGGCGAUGGAGGCAGCGAGAUUCACACCUUUGAUUUCCAGGAAUCAGCGGGAUGACCGGUCGCCAUUUGCACCGAGUAAUCGACGAGAGGGCUUGGCACCCCAGCAAAGUAGGGAUUGUGAUGAGCCCCUUAUAGAAGAGUGCGAGGAUCUAUAUACAAUAGUGAUUAACUUCCCAAAUACAAAAACCGAUUCCGAAGUCGGGCCUUCGAUACGAAUGCUGACUGACGACGAUGACGCCGAUAUCAUGUCACCGAACAGACAUUCAAAAAUAUCAGAGGACGAUAGUGACUCUUUAUCGAACGAGGGUUUAGCACGAGAGGAGUCUACAUUUUCAUUUCAAAGUUUAGAACGAAAAAGAGAGAAUUGUUUACCCCCGCCUAAAGGGACGCCGGCAUUGGGACGGAGAACGCGCUCCAAUGAUGCGCAAAGAUCUGCGCAAAACGCGAAGUUGGCGGCACAGGUUGCUUACAAAGUGAAGCAACAACGAGCGAGGAAAAAACGUUCGGAAAAGAAACAGGAGAAAAAGGCCGCAAAGACACUGAGUGCUAUUUUGUUGGCAUUUAUAGUGACGUGGACACCAUAUAACAUUGUUACGCUGGUGGAAAUUUUCUGUAAAGGUUGUGUACCCCAUCUUCUCUACAACUUUGCUUACUUCCUGUGCUACAUCAACAGUACGGUAAACCCGGUGUGCUAUGCGUUGUGUAACGCUAAUUUCCGGAAGACUUUUUGGAAGAUUCUUACGUGUAGUUUUACAAAAAGAAAUACCACACGAAGUCGCACAACAGCUUCGGCUAUGUCAUUCAACUUCAACAACAGAUAGAGGAUGUGACGAUGUUCGCUAGACAUCAUUGGAUACUAUUUGUACCAUUGUAGAACUGAAGCAUUUCAUUGGAUACUAUUAAUGUCAUUGUGGAACCGCAACAUUUCAUUGGAUACUAUUUAUAUCAUUGAGGAACCGAAACGUUUCAUUGGAUACUAUUUAUAUCAUUGAGGAACGGAAACAUUUCAUUGGAUACUAUUUAUAUCAUUGAGGAACCGAAACGUUUCAUUGGAUACUAUUUAUAUCAUUGAGGAACCGAAACAUUUCAUUGGAUACUAUUUAUAUCAUUGUGGAGCCGAAGCAUUUCAUCGGAUACUGUUUAUAUCAUUGUGGUAAAGAAAUGAACCCUUGUAUACUAUUUAUUUUAUUGUGGCUACGAGGAAUUUCAUUGGAAACUAUGUAUUCCAAAACAGUUACGAAUGUGUUUCAUUGGAUACUAUUUAACCAUAUUGUGCUGUAUUACUUUUGUCGUGUUCCCUGGCAAUACCAUAGCAUCUCAUUUCACAUUUGUGUAUCAUUCAGUCGACAGUUUUCGAUGUUGAAACCAUUUGCACAUACCCUGAGUUUGCAUUGGUAACCCAACCGAAUGUUUACUGGAAGUGAGUAAGGCAGAAGCACGAAAGAUUGGAAAUGAUGACUGAAUGCUCCCACCAAAAGUCACGUACUUGUCUACAAGGAGUGCAGUAAAAUUGAAAUAACCGUAUGAAUUAAUUUCGGAGAUCGCGUGUUUCUGUGUGAUGGAUAUAAAUAUUUGAAAUUUAAUCGAGAUGUCACUUUUUGAAAUGGCAUUCGCGUUUAUUCUGACUCUGAGGAGAUUUUCACCAUGGAUCAAAAUAGAAACGGUACGAAUGCGACACACAAUGCUGCAAACACACGGAUAUUUGAUUGUUUAGACAAAACUAUGAUAUUUGAUCACCCGGGUCCGUACUUACGAAACUGGUCUGAUGCUGAAGCUCAUAUCCUGUGCUCAAGCCCAGUCAAGUACCGUUCUCAAUGUUUACACAUUUUGAUUGUAAAUUUAAGCAAGUUAUUGGAAAGUUUGCUUGAGCACAGAAUCCUUGCUUGAGCACUGAAAUCAUUCGUGAACACGGACCCUGAACUGUAAUUGUUUAUACAGUGAAGCCAUGGAACAAAGCCAUAGUAUGUAAAAAGAAGGGACACAGAACAGGUUGGAAAAGACUGAAAUGUGUGAAUACCUCAGAUAAAUAAACAAAAGAAAUCUUAACAAAGUGUAGUUUGAGAACAGCUCGGAUGCAUAAAGAACAAGAGUGUAAAACAUGAAUAACACGGGUAAUAUUCCUCUCAUCGCUAGUGUCAAUAUACAAAGUUUGUGAACAGAUUAGUGAUAAAUGGUACCGUUCGUAUUGCACAAAAUAUGGUAAUGAACAUUGUAUAUUUUGCACAAGAUGCAGUUUCUGUUCGUAUAAAAGGUUAGUACUUGUUCAUCCAAAAUUCACCUGCAAAAAUGUGCUAUGGUAAAUUGCACAUUUCACUCUUUCUAGGUAAAAACAGAUUUCCCUGGUCAGAUACUUAUUCUCCUUCCGUCUUGUGAUAUCCAUCAUUAGCCUUUCCAUCCCUAGUGAAUGUUGAAGAAAUCGAUUAAUGUAAGAUGCACCUUCUUUACAAACUGUUGAUUGAAAUACAAACUGGAAAAUUUGAUUUUCAUGGUUGACAUUUUUGCAAUACAUUAAGAAGAAUGAGAAAAAGAGUUAGCGAUUCUCAAACGCAUUUCAUCAGCUGUUAUAAUCCUAUACCAUCAAUGUACUUUCUUCUAUGUAUAGUCCUAAAAUCCAGUUUUCUAACGGUUUUUCUAUAUGAUCUUAUAUUAACGUUAGGGGUGCGUUCGAGAUGUAUUUAUUCAGGUUGAUCUUGUAAGUAGGAGUCGGAAAUUUGGUAGUACAAACGUGGAUAUGAAGGAUCAUGUGCUUCUCUCACUAGAAGAUCUAAAAAUAAUCUUAACAUAUUAAUCGGAUUUUAGCGCAAUGAUAAAACGAAAUUCCAGGAAUUAUGCCCUGUUCCGUUCUCUGCAACCCUGACAUAUAUCACGACUUUAUUUGAAGUUUUGUACGCUUUAUCUUGGGGAUGAAACAAGAAAAAUAGUUUGAUCCUUUUACGUACGUCCAAAGAAUCGCGCAGCAGCAUAACGUUAAACCUGAACCAUAUAACCAUUAAAAUCGAGUGUCACUCCUCUGUAAUUUUCAUAAGACAGGUAUCAGCCUAGCAUUUGGUCAGUUAUUUAUUUACCUGCAAUUAAUCAAUUAGCUUACCGCGUGCCUUCGAUUUUGUCAUGACAUAUUGCAAGGGUGCAGAGAACGUUAAUGAAUUUUGAGGAUGUAUAUAGAUAUAAAAUUGGUUCUCCUAGUCGUUUUUAUUCCAAAUUUAUGUCAAAUUGAAAAUUUGCUUUGAAAGACGUGUGUAAGGAAUGGCGUGCUUGGAAGUGUCGGUGACUAGUGAUUGUUGUGAGUUAUGUGUCGACUGAUGCACAGAAAUGUUUGUUACUAUGGAAAAUAAAUCUAAAUGUAUUA